AUGUCUUCGGAUGAUGAUCUGUUCCGCAGUUAUUCUCCUAAGAAAACUGAUGUAUUUGACAAUACAGGUGAUUUGUUCUCUGAGUCUUUCAUUGAACCAAUCCGAGUAAAAGGAAAACGGAAAGAAAAACAACAAGAUAUAGUCCCUGGUGUCAGUGAAUUUAUUCCAGACUUUUCAUCUUAUGAAAGGCAUCAAUUAAUUGUUGAAUCGGAUGUUAGCCAUCCUGCUGCUAGUCUUACAGAUCAAAUGUCAAAAAUUAAUCAAGAAAAUAUUACUCAACCUGAUCACAUUCCAAAUUCUGUUGUUGAGCCUAAGCAUCAGAUGAUAGGUGGAAGUUCAACUGCUGCAUUCUGUAGUACCCCUGGUCCUACGAACAGUUUCGCAUCAAGUUCGCUUAAAGUUGAUGGUGCAGUAGCACCAAAACCAGUAUCAGGUGAUGUUCUACUAAACGCCCUUCAAGUAACACCGAUUCACCCGGUUUUUACAAAUCAAAAUAUAUCACCAGCCUGUGAAAUGGAGAAGACUUUAUCACAGUUGGAUUAUCGUCUAAAGGAUACACCAUUACAACACAAUAAUGAUAAUAAUAAUAAUAAUAAUAAUAAUUGUGAUAGCCAUAAUAAUGAUGCAACACAUUACUCACUUUCAUUACGUAACCGUGAAGUGGCCGUUCAACUCACUCCAAUCGAUUUUUCCAAUCCCCUUCAUAUGUCACCGUAUAAUCCUUCAGAUGAACACAGACAAGACUGUCAACAACAACAACAUCAAUUUCAAUCCCCAGGAUUGAGUAAACCUGCUGGAGCUGGCAAAAAGUCGAGUUCAUACACAAAACGAUUAAGUCGACACUUUCGUCAUGAAAAUAUGAUAUUGAAUCGUUCAUAUAUGGAAUUACAUGGAGCUGGGGAUGCUAAAGGAGCCUUGUUAAAGAUUUGUGGACAAACCAACUACAAAACAUUUACUCAACUUUUGGUUCCUGCUCGGCGAAAAAAUUUGAAAAAAAUCGGUGAAGGGUGUUUCGGUGAAGUAUUCCGAUGUCCGGCUGAGAAUCGCCGAUCAAAACAUGUUGUCAUGAAGUUUAUACCAAUAGAAGGAGCUGUUAAAUUUAAUGGUGAACCACAGAAGACUUUCGACGAAGUACUUUCUGAAGUAAUUGUAUCUAAGGAAUUGACAGCUCUUGGUAUGGGCUUUACGAAUUGUACUUCCGGUUUUGUAGAGUUGAUAAGAGUUCACCUUCUGCAAGGGGCAUUCCCUUUGUAUUUGAGGAAAUCGUGGGAGGCAUACGAUAGAGUGAAAGGUUCUGAAAAUGACCAUCCAAAAAUCUUUCCCAAAGAUCAAUUAUGGGUGGUUUUAGAGUCUUCCUUUUGUGGUGUACCACUUGAAAAUAACAUUCCCCCCUGCCCUUGUGCCAGAGUCUCCCUUCUGCUGCAAGUUGGGUUUUCCCUAGCUGUAGCAGAACAAGAAUUAAAGUUCGAGCAUAGGGAUCUACAUUGGGGGAAUGUUUUGCUCGAUGAAAGUUGUAUGUCCCCUGCUGUAAAUAAAUCAACAAUGUCUUCUUCAUCGUCGACUUCAUCAUCUUCCUCCUCCUCUUCUUCAUCCUCCCGCUCCGUCUCCUCAUUGUCUUCAUCUUCAAACGAUUCUUGUUGUAAAUAUUGUUCUUAUUUGGACAAUAUGGAUGGAGUGGAACAAGAAGAAGGCGAAGAAGAAUCUGAUAAGGAAAAUAAGAGACAUGUCACUAAUGAAGAAGAACAAGAAGACGCUGAUGACAAAGAAAUGCACAACCAUAAUAAUAAUAAUAAUAAAUACGUACAAUUUCGUCUGAAUGAUCAGGCGAUCAGUGUUCCGAAAUGCGGUUGCACAGUAUACCUCAUAGACUUUACCAUGUCUCGUUUAGAACAAGAUGGUGAUUUAGUCUAUGUUGACUUAAGUAGUGACCCUACUUUGUUUCAGUCGCAAGGAGAUUAUCAAUUUGAUAUAUAUCGUCAUAUGAAAUCACACACUCGCGUCUGUGGAAUUUAUGAUGUUGUACAUCAUGGACAUUUAACAACAACUUUGUAUCAUCUAAAAGCUCCAUAA